AUGGACCCUCGGCUUCAGCAAGCAAUCGACCAUGAUGAUCUUGAUGAGCUGUAUAGCAUAAUUGAGGGGGAUGAAAAUCUCUUAAAUCAUGGAUGUGACGGGCCCUUCCCAAAUACUCCACUACACGUUGCCGCUGGUAAGGGGAAAACUAAAGUGGCAAUGGAGAUAGCCACCUUGAAGCCAUUGUACGCUCGAAAGUUGAAUCGCAGGGGUUAUAGUCCCAUGCACUUGGCUUUGCAAAAUAAGCAUUAUCAACUUGUGAGGGCACUGAUGACCCUUGACCUUGAGUUGAUUCGAGUCCGAGGACGAGGUGGGUUCACCCCUUUGCAUUUUGUAGCUGGGGAAAUAGGAGACAGUGAGCAAGAGAACUCGGAACUCCUGGAACUCCUGGCAGAAUUCCUAUUUGCUUGUAAGUCGUCUAUCAAAGACUUGACGAAUAAAUGUGAGACUGCAGUUCACAUUACUAUUAGGACGAGCAACACGAAAGCAUUCAAGGUUUUAUUUGGAUGGCUUAAGAGAAUCAAAUUAACAGAAAUCUUAUAUUGGAAAGAUCAAGAUGGUGACACUGCUUUACAUAUUGCUGCAUUGGAAAAGCAGCCAGAGAUCAUCGACCUAUUGCUUGGUUACAUGGAUGUAAAUGAAAAUAACUUCCAGGGUGUUACGGCUUUGGAAAUCUUCGAACUGAAUCCUAGUGGCGGUCCGGAUAUUGCGAAGAGGUUUCGUAGUGCAGGACGUCCAAAAAGACUCAUUACUCCUAACCUCUCUUUGUCAGAGUUUUUUAGCAGGGAACUAAGUGUCUCCGAGAAGCUGCUCUCUCUCCUCCGGGAGGAUAUUGGCAGGAUUCCUCUUCAAAUCCCCCAGCCAAUUCCACUGCCGUUGCAGCCAAUUCCAGCGGCAUUGCUCUUGAAAAACCACAUCAAGCCGGAGAAAUUAUCCUGA